AUGGGAAAGAAGACAGACUACAUUACCUAUCAAAAUAGCAGUAAAAUCAAGGGUAAGAUAAAAAUCAACAUUAUGGAUCCACCUGACAAGGAAUCAUACAAACCAAAACUUCUGGUUCUGGGAGGCGUCGUGACAGCUCUAAUCAUCAUCAUCAUAUUUGCGCUGGCUUGCUUUAUUGACAAACACAGGAGAAAAAAAAGAGAUGUUUCCAUCCAGUUACCAAUCGGAAGGCCGGAAGUGUCACCCAACUUAAUUAUCAAUUCACCUCAAAUUCACACACCACCUGUGAAAGUAGGCGUCUUCUACCCUCAUCUACCAAAGGAAUUAUUUUCUGAAUCGAUUGAGAAUCCUUUAGAUAAAUGCGUUCAACGUAUGAUGGACAUCCUUACAUCAGUGCCCGAAUUAGACGUAAAAUAUUUACAUUAUGAUUUUAAUAACUUCUUUGAUGAAAUUGAUACUGUGAGCAGUUCACCAAACAUCAUUCUUGUUUUAUGCGAUAGACUGUGUGAACUUAGCCAAGAAGUUGCUACCUCGGACGUAAAUAUCACAGCAGAGCAAAGGAGAGAAAUCGAAACAUUGCUUUUGAAAAGGAUACAUCAACAGUAUUAUCUAAAUAGCACAAAUAUCUUCUUUGUAAAUUUUGAACAUCUAAAACAGCAGGAAAAUGUUCUUGGAACAGCUCGAAAGAUGUUUACCAAGCACAAAGUCUACAGUAUUGGGCCUCUGAUUGAGACGGACCAACACUUCAGUAAGCUCCUGCAUUCAAUUUUAUCUGACGUCAUCAGUAAUACUAAAGACCGUCAAGAACGGAUAAAAUCGAUAUUGAGUCCAGAAACAAUAUGA